CAUAAACGAUCAGGGUCUGUCUGAAUCAAUCCUUGACUUCGCAAUUACCUGUUCUUGGAUCCGCGUUAUUCCGAUGACUUGGAGUAGCCAUCGCGCAUUCCGUGUCGAAAUCCUUGGAUGUCCAAUACUCCAACAAGGAACCCAGACAUGCUGGAAGGCAAACAACGUGACAGAAAUCCCAACUUUUGACAUCUUUAGUACAACAAAGACCAACCUGGGCGAGUGUGGUAAGGAAUGUCACGGACAAGAGAAGUGCCAUGGUUUCACCUUCAACCUUGAGUCUGGUCUAUGUCAAGGUCACAGCCAUAGUAACUACCUGAACGUCACAUUACAUCCAGUUGAAGGAGCUAAUGGUAGUAGCUCUUCACUUCUGUUCGUGAAACAGGAGGCGUGUCCGUGAGGUUCUUUCCUCACUCAAGAACGCUUGCAUAUUUUACUUCCAGAUUUUAUUUCUUUACGCUGCCUUCUGUUUGUCAUUUAGUUCCCUCUGAGAUGAAUCGAACUUUCUAUUAUUGGAUAUUUCUGCUAUCUGCCUGAUAUUGAAGUUUAUAGUUAUAACAUGUAUCAUUACAUUCUUAUGGCCCUUCAAAACUGAAAACGUCAUUAGGACAAACAAAUUGUGAGCAAAAAUUGUUAUGAAACGAACCAUUAUCAAACAAACGAAACAUGUAAAAAAUAUGUUGGUACACUCAAUGGUAUAGCUUAAAAUGAUCAUUUUAUCUAUGUUUUGUCUUAUCUGGUGUUACAAACCGACAGCGUUCAUAUACUUUAUCACAUGAAACAUUCGCUGUCUAUAAAGUAAGUUAGUUUUAUGGUUGCUUGAGAACCGCAAUUAUUUGUUUGUAAUUAAGUCAUGAUAUUCGUGCUUGUGUUAUGCUGUUUGAUUUAUAAUUAAAUCUAAAUAUAACUAUUUGGUGUGACAUAUCUUGUUGUAACAAUUAUAUAUGUACAUGCAUACAUCACUUUGUCGU